AAAAUCCAAUAGCAGCAGAUAUAUUCGUUUACACACACAAAAAAAAAAAAAAAACGGCAAGUGAAAUCAAUAGCUUCUCAACUAUGCAUUAAUGAUAAUAAACAAUUCUAAUUAAAUAUUUGUAAUUGUGAUGACGAAUUAUAGUUACUAUCUGUAUUUAAAUUUAACACGAAAUAAUAUUUUAUUGUGUUAUAAUAAUUGGAUACGUGUUUAAGUGUAUACGUUAACUUCGCAGCAUUUUAAACGAAGUAAUUCAACAUAUAAAAAACUCUAAUAUGAAAUUAUUCAUUCCAAAUAUUAUAUUAUUGGUUGUUUUACAAAAAUGUGAAAAGGUAUUGACCAGCUCUGAUAAUCUCGAGGAAGCAACAGGAUUAUCAGACACUAAUGAACAAAUUAUUUGUGUGAUAUGUCAGGAUGAAAUGAAUGUUAAUGAUUUUAAACAUCCAUGUUGUAAUGGGAUAUAUCAUAAGAAAUGUUUAUAUAAAUCCAUAAGCUUUAAUAUAUUAAGUUGUCCAAAUUGUCGCGGAAAUCCAAUUGAAGAUAUUCGCAUUUGCAAUAACUGUAAGAGUACUAAGUACAAUAAUGAGUUGGAAAAAAUGAAAUGUUGUGGUAUUGAUUUAUGUAAAAAUUGUGUCAAUAGUUCUAUGAAAACUCAAUGUUCUUGCAGAGAAGACUUAGUGAACGGUAUUGUUUUUAGCCACUUUCGUUUGUGUAUAUCAUGUAGACAGUUUGAAGGAAAGUACACUUUUUCAUCUCGUUGUCCACAAAUGUUUUGUAAGGAAUGUUUUAAUAGCCUACGUAAUCAAAAUGAUGGGCGUUGUUCUUAUUGUGGUGAAAAAACAAAGAAGAAGAAAUCAUUUUUAUGUUUUUCUUAAGUGCAAAUAUUUGAAUAAAUACAACUAUAAUUA